UGAGAGAGACUCCAUCUCAAAAAAUAAAAAUAAAAAUAAGAUAAAAAUAAAAUGAUUGAGCAUGUUGAAAUGUCAGCAACUCUCCUACUGUGUGCUUGGUGGUAAGUUUGAUUUUUGCUAUGGUUGAAAUUAGUGUUCUUUGAAAUAUUAUUAUUUAGAUCAUUACUCAUAAGGCUUUUCCAUAACUGUUUUAUCCAAGAUUUAGGCAAGCUUCUGGAGCUCAGGACUGGAGCUGACAUUAAAAACCUGGUGUUAAGUGAAUACGUAUUAUAAAGCUGUUAUCUUAAUGUAAAAAGAAGUGACUUGGUAGAGGUCUCCCUGUGGAAAUAGAUGCAUAAGGAACACUUAAUACUGAAAGACACAGCUGUUAAGUCAUGAACAAGGGCUGCAUGGAAACUUUUGUGUCGUUAUUUGAUACGUUAUUUGAUUAAGUGGAAUUUGGCUUUAGACAGCUAAAUCUUGCCCUUCAGUGUGUUGGAAAAUAUUGCAUAGUAACUUGGUUUUUUCCACAAUGCCACCUUAUUUUAGCAUUCCAAAGGAUUUGGAAGUAUGGGUUUUACACAUAAGACUUUCUUAAAAUAACUGGGCUCUAACUUUGGUAGCAUAAGUAAUCACUUACUGAUACAUGCAUGUAUGUAAGACAGAGAACAAUAUUAACUGGAAUCAAAGCUAGUCUCCUGAGAGAGAAACACUUGUGUUUAUCCUGAAGGGUAAUCAUUUGUAGCUGAGGUACAAUUAUGUGAUUUAUGUAGAGCUUUCAUUUUGAAAGCAUUUGCACUUGCUGUUUAGAAUUUGUGCCCGUUUGAAAUUCAGGCCAAUUAUCACUGGCUCACAGGGGCCAUCAUAAGGGAUAAGGAUAGGAGUAUCUGAUACUACUUAAUGAAAGAAACAUGCUAUUUAUUAAUCUUAUUUAGCCCCAGUAAUUCUCACAUUUAUAAGUCAAAUGGCUUUGAAAUUAGGUUAAAUUUAGCUCUAUGAAUUUGAUAUUUUUAACUGCAUUGUUCAUACUGUUGAUUUUUAUGUGUUUCUUUCUUUUUGGAAUUGUGAUACUUUACAUUUAGGAUCUGUAUGUGAUGAAGGCUAAUGGUGCACCCACACACAUACACAUACACACAGGCACACACAUCUGUGUUUCUUAAAGUUUGUAGAUUAACAAACAUCUAGCUAUGAUCCGCAAAACGUUUAAGUUGCUAUUUCUGAUCUCAGCUGGUUUACUUAAUUAAUGAGUGUGGGCUUUAUAAGGUGUUGAUUAGUUUUUUAAAAUGGUAUUUUCAGCCUAACAAAGUAAAUUUGUUUUAUAAUUUGGAAAUAUUUGCAAAGUAUAUUUUGCUUGCUUUCAUUCUUUUACCUACUGAGAUCCCUCCGGCCCCAUUAAUUGUGUUUUUUCUUCCUCUGAGCUGAAUCCUUGAGACUGAGUCUAGAGAGCUGAGAAGAAGCCAGGUGUGGGAAAUGAGGCAAGGUCGGGAGUAUAAGACAGCUGGUAAUCAGGAGUAGACCAGGCCUGGGGGAGCCACUGUGAGCAGCGUGAAAUUGUGGCAUCCAUAGCACCGGAAGGUUGUGAAAAUCUUGGAGAAGCACGACCCCUUGAAGAACACCCAGGCAAAAUAUGGGUCUAUCCCUCCAGAUGAGGCCAGUGCUGUGCAGAAUUAUGUAGAACACAUGCUUUUCUUGUUGAUUGAAGAGCAAGCCAAGGAUGCUGCAAUGGGGCCGAUUCUGGAAUUUGUGGUCUCUGAGAACAUCAUGGAGAAACUUUUCCUUUGGAGCUUGAGAAGGGAAUUUACUGAUGAGACUAAAAUUGAGCAGCUAAAGAUGUAUGAGAUGUUGGUCACCCAGUCGCACCAGCCUCUGCUGCACCACAAACCCAUUCUGAAGCCUCUGAUGAUGUUGUUGAGCUCUUGUUCAGGAACAACCACCCCCACUGUGGAGGAGAAGCUGGUUGUCCUACUCAAUCAGCUCUGUUCCAUUCUUGCCAAAGAUCCAUCCAUUUUAGAACUCUUCUUCCACACUAGUGAAGACCAAGGCGCUGCCAACUUCCUCAUCUUCUCCCUUCUGAUUCCCUUCAUUCACCGAGAGGGGGCAGUGGGCCAGCAAGCUCGGGAUGCAUUGUUAUUCAUCAUGUCUCUCUCUGCUGAGAACAGCAUGGUGGCCCAUCACAUCGUGGAGAACACCUACUUUUGUCCAGUACUUGCAACUGGGCUCAGUGGUCUCUACUCUUCCCUGCCUACAAAGCUAGAAGAGAAAGGCGAGGAAUGGCACUGCCUUCUGAAAGAUGACUGGCUUCUACUUCCUUCUCUUGUCCAGUUCAUGAACUCCCUGGAGUUUUGCAAUGCAGUCAUACAGGUGGCUCACCCCUUGAUUCGAAAUCAGCUUGUCAAUUACAUUUACAAUGGAUUUUUGGUACCAGUCUUGGCUCCUGCUCUCCAUAAGGUGACUGUGGAGGAGGUCAUGACCACAACUGCAUAUCUGGACCUUUUCCUGCGUAGCAUCUCUGAGCCAGCACUACUUGAGAUCUUCCUCCGUUUUAUCCUAUUGCACCAGCACGAGAAUGUCCACAUCCUAGACACUCUCACGAGUCGAAUCAACACCCCGUUUCGGCUUUGUGUGGUGUCCCUGGCAUUAUUCAGAACUCUCAUUGGUUUACAUUGUGAAGAUGUGAUGUUACAGCUAGUUCUAAGGUAUCUGAUCCCCUGCAAUCACAUGAUGCUGAGUCAGAGGUGGGCUGUGAAGGAGAGAGACUGUUACUCUGUUUCUGCGGCCAAGCUGCUUGCCUUGACUCCUGUCUGCUGCUCCAGCGGGAUCACUCUGACCCUGGGGAACCAAGAGAGGGAUUAUAUUCUCUGGUCGAAGUAUAUGCAUGACACUUCAGGACCUGUGGAGUGGCCAUUCCCUGAAGCGUUCUCCCAGUCAGCCUGCAUUGUGGAGUAUGGGAAAGCCUUGGACAUCAGCUACCUGCAGUACCUGUGGGAGGCCCACACCAACAUCCUCCGCUGCAUGAGGGACUGCCGUGUCUGGUCCGCCCUGUAUGAUGGCGACUCCCCCGACCCUGAGACGUUUCUCCAGGGUCUGACGGAGGAGGGCAGUGUGAGCUCGGCCUGCCCUGUGUUCAGGCUCCCGCAACAACUCCCCAGGAAGACGGGACCUCAGCUAGCUCCCAGAAAGGACAAGAGCCAGACAGAGCUGGAAUGGGAUGACAGCUAUGACACUGGAAUCUCCUCAGGGGCUGACAUGGGCUCCCCUGGGCCUUAUGAUGAUCUGGAGGUUUCACGCCCCCCAGCACCCAUUGAUCCCCCAAAACACAUCCAGGAGAUGAAGAAGAAUGCCAUCCUGCUCUUCAAAGGGUCCUACAUAGAAGAGUCGGACUUUCAGGAUGAUGUGAUGGUGUACAGGCUGUGUGCUGAGAAGGACUCCGAGGACGUGAAGGAUUCUCAGGAGGAAGCUGCUAGACCACCAGCUGAAGCCCAGGCUGAAAUUCAGAGUGUUUCCAUCAACAACGGCUCCCUCCUCAGCACCCAGCCAGCGACAGAUUCAGAGGAGGAGUGCAAUAGGGACAAUUCAGACCCAUUUCACAGUGAGCCCAUGGAGCCAAAGCAAGAGAGGGAACCUGAAGCAGCCACAGAAUCCAACUCAGAGUUAGCAUCCCCUGCCCCUGAGGCAGAGGACAGCUCUAACCUGACAGCCGCCAACCCGGAGAGCGAGGAUCUCAUUGCCCAGUAUGACCAAAUCAUUAAAGAGCUGGAUUCCAGCGCCGAGGGCUUGAUGGAACAGAAUUUCCCCACACCUGAUCCCUUGCUUCUCACUAAGGAGGAAGAAGGGAAGGAAGAAGAGAGCAAAGGAGAAAAGGAGGAGGAGGGGAAGAAGGAGCUAGAAGAGGAGGAGGAUGACUUUGACUCUUUUAUAGCGGAGACACCUGCUGUAGAGACUGUGCUUUCCCCGUUUGUGGGGAGAGAGGAGGCUGCCUUUGCCAGUCGCCAUCCCGUGAGGACUCAAAGCACCCCAUUCACAGGCCCAUUCAUCAGCGUGGUCCUGUCAAAGCUGGAGAACAUGCUGGAGAACUCUUUACAUGUUAAUUUGCUGCUUAUUGGGAUCAUUACUCAGCUAGCCAGCUACCCCCAGCCACUCCUGCGCUCCUUUCUGCUCAACACCAACAUGGUCUUCCAGCCAAGCGUCCGCUCUCUCUAUCAGGUCCUUGCAUCUGUGAAAAACAAGAUUGAACAGUUUGCCUCUGUGGAGAGAGACUUCCCAGGACUCCUCAUACAAGCCCAGCAAUACCUGCUCUUCCGUGUGGACAUGUCUGAUAUGACCCCUGCGGCACUAACCAAAGAUCCCAUUCAGGAGGCUUCCAGGACAGGAAGUGGCAAGAACCUUUUGGAUGGACCUCCAAGAGUGCUUCAGCCCUUCCUGACCCACCGAACCAAGGUGGCUGAGGCACCCCCCAACCUGCCCCUGCCAGUGAGGAACCCCAUGCUGGCUGCUGCCCUCUUCCCAGAGUUCCUGAAGGAGCUGGCAGCCUUGGCCCAGGAACACUCCAUUCUGUGCUACAAGAUACUGGGUGACUUUGAGGACUCCUGUUGUUAGCUUUUUUUUUUUUUUUUUUAAAUAGAGGUUCUUGUUUUGUAAGAUUUAAUGUCUUGACUGAAUGUUAAAUGCAAAGCUGCUUACAAAGAUUUCUACUUUAAUGUUUCCUGACAAUACUUGAUUUGUGGGGAGGGGAAUUUUCUGUAUCUUUCCUCUCUCUCUCUAGCCGGGCCUUUCCACCUUAUGUUAUAUAUAGAAUGUAAGUCUCAUAAGCUGGUUGCUCCCAUGGCAGUUUUCUUUGCUCCGUUUUUUCCUCCUUGUAUUUUUUGGGUAUCAUUCUCCUAUCCCUUUGAGUGAUUCAUCUUGCAGCUCAGAUCACACCAAGCAAUAUUGGGGUUCAGUGAUGUCCGGAAGUGCCCCAUGUCAGAAUCCCAGCUGUUCAGCAGCAGCACCACAGGAAGACUAUACACCUGCAACUGCGCGGAUGGUCCUGUUGCCUCCUGCAUUUUGGCCUCUGUUUUAUAAAGGAAGAAUAAAGACGGAGCCCCUCCUGCCUCCAUCACGAAAGCACAUAUCAUCUGUCCCUUUGGAUUUUACUUCCAGGACGUGUGUUGCCUUAUGGUGCCGGCAGAGCCACUGGUCUCAGCUCUCUGCCUGGGAAGUCGGAUGUCCUUGGAGAGAAUUUGGAAUGCAGAGAAUUUUUCUUAUUUCUUGAGGGCUUACUUUAAUCAGCAUGACACUAUCUAAACACUGAAGAUGGCCUUAUUUUAGUAAGAUUUGCACAAAAUUAAGUAUACCUAUGCAAACUGUUACUUUGGUUUUUAGGAGUUUUAUCAGAUGAAGAAAGUAUGGUCUCACAUAUGUAUGUAAGAAGACAGCCAUCAUUAUUUUUAUAAGUGUUUUAUAAAAACAAACUGAUUAACUUGUGAAGCCAUUUCAUAGUGGGUUUUUUCAGGGAGGGUAAGCUGGGUGGGAUGGGGAGAUAAACUAAAUGUAGCCUGUAAAAACACUGGUCAUUAUUUAAAAUUCUAUUCGCUUUUGCUAAUAAGCUGCACUUUGUAGAGAAACAGGAACUGUACAACCCACUUCGGGAUCUUGGAUGUAAAUGCAAACAGGUCACCUGGAGCCCUGCAAAGCCAAGUGCCUGCUGGUGACUCACUCUGCAUGGAAAUGCUGCCUUCUGAGUAAUGGGGUUCAUUAGAAGGCCCCACCGUGUUGUAUGAGUAACCCUCUGCUGCUUUGCAGCCUGCUCCAAGAGGCAGGAUUAUACUUAGAGCCCAGCCAUGUUAAACCACCACCAAGAGCGGAAAACACAGAAUAAUUGUGAGCUGAAAAUGAGACCAUAAACAACUGAUUUUUAUGGAUAUCAAAUUCCACUCCCCUCUAUUUUGGGCCCAGUUCUGCAGGUGAGAAGCAAGUAAUGGACGUGAGCCUGCCGGUGUGGAGGGAAAUUGGAAGCCUCGGCUCUCUCUGUGCUUUGUGGGCAUCUCUGUGGAGCCCCGAGGGCAGCCACAGGUCUGUUGGUUGUGCCUCCGGAGCACUGGUUCGGUCUUCAUCAGGCCCCUCAUGCACAGGCAGGGCAGUGGAGGAAGGAACCACACCUGUGAUGCUGUGGAGCAGUGGAGGCCCUUUUGUGCUUCAGGAAUCUUGAAGCAGCUUUGUAUUGAGCAAAUGAGAAAUUGAGAGCUGGCCUGUGAAAUGACAACAGGAGACCUGACCCGGGCAGGGUGAGCUGUUAGGAGCCAGCCUUGCUUUCGUGUUUCAUAGUCCAAGCAAGACACCAAAGAUUCCUACUCACUGUACAUUUCUGUUUGUCUUGACAAAUGGUUUGCUCAGCUGUGGUGCAGCAGCCAGAAGGGAUGAGGCACAGCAGACUGACCUGCUCCUGGCUUCCUGAUGUCUGUUUGUAUUUGCACAGCCCAGAAGUCUCCAUUAGAAAAGAAGGUAGCUUAAGAUAGAGAAAGAGGAAUAGUUGAAGAUGGAAGUGCGGCUGUAAUUUGUUAUACUCUAACUUUGUUUUUGCACAAGUAUUUAUCUUCUUGUUUGGACUUACAAAGUCAUAAAAUCUUAACGCCACAUCUGGAAAUGGAAUUCUUUAGCUUCGUGGUUUGAUUUACACCUCUCUCCAUUAUCUGGUGGUGGUGUUGAUUCUUCUUGAAUCCGUAUUUCUGCAUUGUAGAACACCAUGGUCCCCUUUGUGGAAGGUUUCCUUUGGGAAAAGAUUGAUUUUGUGCGUCUUACUGUUUUUUUCAAUAGGUACUGAAAUAAACUUAAUUAUUUUGUUUUUUUGAGACAGGGUCUUGCGCUGCCUGGGCUAAAGUGGAGUGGUGUGAUCACAGCUCACUGUAUCCUCCACCUCCUGGGCUCAAGUGAUCCUCCCACCUCAGCCUCCUGAGUAGCUGGGAAUAAAGGAACGUGCCACCACACCCAGCUAACUUUUUGGUAUAGUUUGUAGAGAUGGGGUUUCACCAUGUUGCCCAGGCUGGUCUUAAAGUCCUGGGCUCAAGCGAUCAUCCCGCCUUGGCCUCCCGAAGUGCUGGGAUUACAGGUGUGAGCCACAGGGCCCAGCCUGAAGUAGACUUACUUUAAAUGACGACAGAGAUGACUGGUGUGUGCAGUGACAGGCAGGAGAACUUAACUUCCCAUGCUGGGGUGCUGGCAGCAAACUCACACAAUAACGCUAACUUCCUAUUUGGAUUUGGAAACCGGCUCAUGUUUCUGAAUCCAUCAGAGUCCUCAGAGGUUUGUGUCCAUAGUUUUGCAAAAUGAAGUCAGAAAAUGGAGCUGGACAUAGAAUGGGAAAACCCAUGUGGCUGAGUGAAAUAACUAGAAGUGGGUUUUUUAGGGAGUGACUAGACAUGCCAAAAGAAAAACAGCAGAGAACUGAGUCUACCCACAGGAGAAGAGCCAAUCCUGCAUGGUUCAGGGAGGUGAACAUUGAUCUAGGUGGAUAUGAAGAAACCAGGGAGUGGGUGGGUGAGAGUGGGAACUCCUUGUCGGGAAAAAAAAUCAUUGGCAAUGAGGUAGAAUAUUCCGGUCCUAAAGUAAAUCAGCAAGCCCUUAGAAAUAUCUUUUUUUGCAAUGAGUUGGGGGGAAAAUCUUAAAUAUGUUUGGCAUGCUUAAAAAUAUGGUCCGAGAGUGCGGACACUUCUCUGUGUGACAGGCUCCCACACCAGUCGCUGUGCCCCUUCCUGGAAGAAUGUAGGGGAAGAGAAACCGUGGGUACUGCCCCCUGACGCAGCCCCUGAGCUGGGGUCACUGCGUCUGGCCUGGGCGGGAAAGGUGAGAUAGCCAAGGGUUCCUAGAGUAUCACAACAUUAACCUCAAUUCAUAAUUCAGGGCCUGACUUAAAGUUCCAGACUGAGUGACUUCUGUGGUUCAAAAUGUAUGAGAGCACUGGGAUAUUUAAAAUUGAUUUUUUGGAAAUGGCCAAGUAAAUGUUUUUAAAAUUUUACACAAAGAAAUUCCAGGUUAGAUUCACCCUAAAACAUAAUUUCAUGGCUGGUAAAAUACAAUUUCCCAACCAUGAAAUGGGAGUGCUGGAAUAGCCAGUUAGAGAUGUGAUUUUUCUUUACCAUUAAAUACCUCCUUUCCCUGGUACUUAGAGGAAUUGUGAAGUCGUCCCCAUUUUGUUGAGUAUUAUUUUGGAAAAUACUUUGAUGUGCUUGGGUUGGAGUGGAUGUCUGUCAGGUGUUAGGAUGCAUUCAGUAUUUUUCUAGGUCAUCAGGAGUACCCUUUCCUUAGCAGGUAGCUUUUAUUUAGGUCAGAUAUAGUUGGUUUCUGUCCAGGAUAAAACAUCAUGGAGCCAGGGUCUUGUCAGGAAAGCAUCCUCUUAUGAACAGAAUCUAGAACAGGCUCCACGAAUAUUGAGGUUGCCUGUUUAAUUUGGGCAGCCAGUGGGUACUCCGGGUUGAAAGUUGUUUCCAGUGUCUCUGAAUCAGCUUGGCUGUCCCGUCAUGUGGACUGAUUCCCAGGUCUGUUGGAGGUUUAGGGUUGCGGAUGGCCGUCAUGUGGACCGAUUCCCAGGUCUGGUGGAGGUUUAGGGUUGUGGAUGGGCUGCUCUUCUGAAUCUGGAUCAGCGUGUCUAGGUUGUCUUCAGGAGGGAAGCACAGCCACAGCAGCCUGGACAAAUCCAGGGCUUUAACAAUGGCAUCGUCCUCUGGGAAUAAUCAGCCCUUAAGACGGUCACUUGACAUCAUAGUUCUGGUGAACUAUCUUUAUUUGGCUGCACCCCCUUUUAAGUAAGCCCUUCAUUUUAAAUGGUCCCGGUGUGGUGUUCAGUAUCUACAUAUGCCCCAGUUCUCAUUUAAGGGCAGUUCAAUGUGAUUGCUAAUUACCAGCCCUGUAUUUACUGAAAUGGCUGUCUGUCAUGCUUGCCAUUUUUAUGAAACACUUUACUGCAGGUCAGCUAUUAUUGCAUGUGCUACUUCAAGUCACUGGCUCAGGCUGGUGUCAUGUGUGGUUUGCUGCAAAUGGCAGCCUGUUUUGCAGUGUGAGCUCUUCCUGGAAACAGCAGUCUCUUGUAGCUGAUGCCACAUCAGCGUUAGGUCAUUAAGAAGAUAUUCUAGGCCCCUUGUUGCUUCAGCCAUCAGUCUAUAAAUCACCCAACACUAAUUCUCCAUCAAGUCACUGCUUAAAACAGAACACUGUCAAACCAGUUCGUGUUCCACCCUUAAAUCACAUCGUUGAGGAAACAUUGUAAGAGAAUGAAGUUGACUCUUUCCCCUCCCCUUCUUUUUGAAUGACCAUCGUAAACCUAAUGCUUUAGAAAGAGCUCUCAGAAGACUGAGAAUGGUUUUUAGGAUAAUUUUGCCUCAGUAAAUCCUCUCUAUGUUCAGGCACUUAUUAGGCCAUUACUUGUUUUGGGACUACAGAUCAUCCUGGCAGCUCAUUAACUGGAUCAACAGGACUUCAGUGAAAGAUUUUCAGAGGUUCUCUAGGGAAAAGGAGCAGGACAGGAUGGGUGGAAGCCUUCAGUUCUUUGACCUCUUGCACCUAGAAUCCUAAAAUCGAUCAAGAUUUUAGCUAGGACUGACCUUUCCUAGCUUGUAGGGUCACUGUGAAUCUUGUUCCUGUCUUAAAAGGUUUAAGUAACCUAGUUCACUAUUACCUACACAAGUAACAAGACGGCCAGUAGGACCUGUCAGCAUGACUUCAACAUGCACUCAGGCAUCUUUCGGGGAGUUUAGAUUUACUGUAUCAUUUCAGAACACAACAAAGAUGAUGGAGGCUCUUAGGCCAGAUUAAAUUUCGUGGAGCGGAGGCUGCCGAAGUCUGUGCUGCUUAGUGCGUCAGCGGACUUUUUAUUGGGACAAGUCUAUGAAGGGCCCACCUGUAACAAGGCCCCUUUUUGCCCUGUGGGUAUUCUGAAAGAGGGAAUUUGGUGUUGACAAUCUUACUUACACAACUCUUGCUAAGCUAUUUGACUAAGGGUUUCAAUCAGAUGUUUCCCACCUCACAGGCAGGGGUCAGCUCUGUUUGCAAAUAAUCCAUGAAUAUGUUUGUCUAAAACCUGCUGAAGAGGCACGGCAGCCACUUCCACGCUGCUUUUGGUAAUGGGUAAAGAACACAGCCUUUCAGAUAGAUGUGGUGGCUUUUCCCCAAUAGUUACUAUGUAGAAACUAUGCAACUAAAUUCAAUGGAAAUGAAAGACACAAUAUGAAAUAGCGGGGCAUGGCCGUAAGCUGUCCUGAACUAUCCAACUCAAAGCUGAAGGAGGGCGUGUGCUUUUCAAGCCGUAAGCUGCGUCCUGAACUAUCCAACUCAAAGCUGAAGGAGGGCGUGUACUUUCCGAAACUUCGAGGCCUUCUUAGUAAUUAUUUUAGCAAUAAUUACUAAAAUGUUAGUGGGGUGGGGGAGCUCAGCUAAAAUAUCCUUAUCUUGGUGCAGUAAUGAUCUAGGUUCUUUUUCCUAGGCCUGGGCCUACACCUUGAAAGACAGGAACAGAAGUUCACUUUGAUGUGUAACCCUGGACAGAGAUUAAACAACUCUUUUCUAGACCCAGAAUGUAGAAGCCUAGUAGUUGGUAUCACCAGUCUCUUCAGAAGGGCCCCACAAAAGCUUGUCCAUUAAUUUGCUUCAUACAGUAAGCAAGCUUUUACUGAAUACUGCCUCUGUUAGAUAGCAUGCAGAGUGCUAGGGCUGACACAUUCCUGCCUUCCCACCAGAACCCUCCAACCUCCUCCCCAGGCAACAGAACACAGGGUUUGGGCCUGACCAGGCAGAGCUGGUUCAAGCCAGCCUGGGGCAGAGCCAGUUUUCCAGCACACUCCAACCUCUAGUCAGAGCCUCAGCAUUACACACCCAGCCUACAGGUGUGUGGAUUCCUGAGCCAGAUGGCAAUGGCAUCACCUGUGGUGCCAAUUCAUACAUUUUAAUGAGAUUUCUCCCUGAAGAGUGAACCAGGAGACCAGACUAAAUGCACACUCAUGCAAGAAUAUAAAAUCAUAUUUCAGAGGCCCCUUUACACGCAGAGCCAUCUUAGCGAAUUUCUUGGGGUGUUAAUGUAAACAUAUCUUCAGAAUAUCUCAUCGGGUUUCAGUCAGAGCCAUGCUUUGGUUUUUUCCUAGUUGCAGUGAUAUCAACUUACAAGGUUUGGCUUUCAGGAUUUCAGAAGCUGGCAUUCAAGACAACAGGCAAUUGUCAGAGCUGAAUGAGAAUCAGCCUGAGCAAAUCAAGGGCUUUAACAAUGGCAUCUUCCUCUUUGCGGUUUUCACUUGACAUAAUAGUUUUGCUGAAGUGUCUGUAUCUGGCUGCACCCUCUUUUAAGUAAGCCCUUAAUUUUAAAUGGUCUGGAAAGAUCUUUGAUACUUUCUGUAAGGUUUAGUCACCAAGAAGCCGGAACUUUUGGUGAAAAUGGAAUUUAUAAAACAAAACUGAACCUUAUCCUUUCUUACAAAAUAAAGAUCCUGUCAGACCCUAGUCUCAGACCACCUUUGCCCAUUUGUAAUUCAGAGACUUGCAGGGCGAGGAGAGAACUGAUUCAGCCUCACUCUCUUGUAGAGAGGUGCAGUGAAAAUCAUGUUACUUUAGACCCAGCAGUUUUCUGGACCGCAACAGGAUGCGGGGCACCUGGCUUCCAGGGUAAGGUCACAUAGUCUCUUAAAAUUCUGUCACUAAUUCUUUUAAAAGAUUUUUUUUUUUUUUUAAAGUCACCUCCUCAUGCCUGUCCAAAAUGAACCACACAACUGGUUACCUUUCUCUGCCUACCUUUUGGGCUGGGGAAGAGGGGCCCCGUUCUCAUCACUCUCAGGGAAGUCCUGAGCAACUGUACAAGCCAGGAAGCAUGAGUCGCUGAAUUGGUGAUGGAGGGGUGUCCACUUUUUUCUAGUUCCUCAGCUGCUUCUGGAGCAGCGUUCACAACGGGAAUAUUUGUACUGUCCUUGGUAGGCUACAGGUUCACAGCUUCAAAUCAAGGCCUCCAAGGAUUUUCUUCUCUUACAUCACGGUUUUGACAAGUACGCUUUUAAAAAACAACAUUUGCAAAACUGGUCUUUAAGCGACGUGAGUCAGAGGUAACAAAGGCAUAUACCGAAUGAAGGUGUGCUCCGGUGCAGUGGAGAGAACAGUAUUAGUGUCACAAGCACAGGGGUGCAGACAGUCCCACCUUCAUUGUCAUGCCUGCAGCGCACCACCAUUAUCGUGAAAGGUCAAGAUUGUGAUUUACUAAUUUAUAAUCUUACUUCCAAGCAAAACAAGUCAAUUUCAUGUUACAACUUGUUUUUUGUUUCUUUUUAUCUUGUUUGGCCUGAGGGUUGGGGGAGUUGGGGGGAGUUGUCAACUGCACAAUCUUUGAAGUGUAAGUUAAUUUUUAUGUGAUAUUUCAGUAUAUAUUUUAUUGAUUAAAUUUAUUUGAAAAUUUA